CACAUACAAGGAGUUCACCCUGAACACAAUCUGCAGCCAGACCCACUGCAAUAUGGCAUCAUUAAGCAACUCAUUUAGGUGGUACACUGCUGGGCCCAGUUAAGAAGGGGAAGCCACUGCUGGUUUAUUACUAAAGGAGAAAAUGUAGAAGCUGGGACCAUGUGGCAUAAAAUAAAAACACUGGUAUUACAGUUCAUGUAAUACACAAACUCUAGCUUAUGUUGAACCAGCUAGUAUAGUAUAUGCACAUUGUAUUGACUAGAUAUGCUCUGUAAUUUAAAGUAAAAUAGUCUCUCACUAAUGUUUUUUAAAAUCUGUAGAUCUGUUAAGUGCUUGCAAACAUAUAACAAAAGGACAAGGUUCCUUAUCAUUCUGUUGUAUGUUUUCAUUUCAUGAUUGUGUUCCCAUAGCAACAACAACUUCUACUACACAACUGAAUUAUGACAUCACAAUGACUCUGACAUUGUCCAGAUGAUCUCAGGCUGUACCACUGGCAGAGCGUCGUUGGCAUUGAGUAGAGAUGGAUCUAUCCUACUUUUUGCUCGCGUUUUAUCUUUUUAUCUUAUCUUUUAUUUUCAAAAUGAACCAAUUUAGAUUUAUUUACUGGAUUUUAUUCUGCAGUUUACUAAUUCCCCAUGUUUGUUAUGGAAGUGCAAUGGAUCAAAGACAAAAGCCUCGCCAUAACUCCAAACCAAUCAGGCAGACGGAUGCACAGACUGAUGAAAUCCUAUUUUUCAUGGCUGCUGAUAUUUUCCUGUGGAUUUUCCUGAUUUGUUUUUACUUACGGAGAGAGCUGAGUUUCUGUGUUUUUCUCUGGCUGAUUAUUGUUAAAAUUGGAGACAUCAUAGUACCCUCCUGGGGCUUAGUGUCCAAUAUGUUCCAUGAUGUCUACAGGAUCUUCUUUUCAAGCAAAGUUAACCCGACAGAGGCUGAGCUAGAAGCCGUCCAGAGAGUUAGUAGAGUACUAAUCCUUUGCCUCAGCAAUGCUAUGGUGAUUUUUGUGAGCAUUGUUGGAUUACGUCUGUGGAGCAAGGUGACUAUAAGGCAACUGAUAAAUACUGGCCGAACUGUCAUGCAGUUUAUAUCAGCAACAGUUUCUGACUUGUACGAUAUAUACACGGUAAAGGAGGCAGCCAACAAAGAAGCCAAACCAGCCAAAACGAAGAAAACUGGCAAAAAGAAAUGCAAAAAAGUAACAUUUAACCUAGUACCACAACUCAUAGUCGACCUGGAGCCAGAAAAUUCUGCUCAAGAUAUUGAGGAGCCAAUAAAGUCUGUCCAGGAGAUUGUAGAGCCAGGAGACUCUUCUGAGAAGACAGUGGCCUCAUUAUAUCCUACAAUUAUAGAUAUCAGGCAGAAAAUUAUCCUUGUGGAUGGUCUUUCACAAGGGAACAGUGUGGCUGGCCAUACAGAAAUUCCCUGUAUGAGGAGUGGCUCUGACUAUAAUACGGAUAUGAAUAACAGUGUUCUGCCUUCAGUGCCCACUGUGAGCCAGGCAGCAGCAGAUGUCCCUAUGUCUGUGAAGAAGAAGAACAACAGCUUCUCAAGAUUCAUACAAAGUCUCAGGGACAGAGCCACCAGGUCAAAUAAGAAGAAGAGUGGGAAGUCUAUGAAAAACAAAAUUAUCGUCAAUGUAACAUCGUGUUUCCGGUGCCACUCAGUAGAAUCUGAUACCUGA